UUGAAUGAUUUUGAGUCAGCAAAUAGCUGCCCAUGGCUUUUCAGUACCGGUCUUCACCUUCCUACCUGCAACUUCAAGCUGGCGUUACUGGCAAAUGGGAUUGUUGCAGAUUCGUCAAUCGUGGAUUAAGGAAUGCUGCUAGUUCCAGCACUACUGCUUCUAAGAAGAAAAGGGCAGGACUUUUUUUCAGGAAUCGUUGCUCUGCGACUGCAAUGUCUGCUAGUGUACGUAGCAAUAGUAGCAGAUCAGCUGAUCUUUCUUCAACCUGGGGCAAGAAAUUGGUUUGGAUCUGGACAGAGAAUAAACAAGUCAUGACCACAGCCGUGGAGAGAGGCUGGAACACUUUCAUUUUCCCCUCAACUUGUCGCGACUUAGCCACUGAAUGGUCAUCAAUUGCAUUCAUAUGCCCUCUCUUCAUUGAAGGGGAAGAGGUUUUGGACAGUGAGAGCAAAAGAAUUGCGGCAUUCUCUGAUAUUACCUCUCCGCAGCAAUUAGAGAAGCUCCAAUCAUGGGAUGACCUAGCACAGAUUGUUGUUGUUAAUCUCCUGGAUUGGCAGGUGAUACCUGCAGAGAAUAUUGUUGCAGCUUUUCAAGGAUCUCAGAGAACGGUGUUGGCUAUCUCGAAAACACCAUCUGAAGCUCAGGUUUUUCUUGAGGCCUUGGAGCAUGGUCUGGAUGGUGUAGUCCUAAAAGUUGACGAUGCAAAAGCCAUACUGGAGUUGAAGGACUACUUUAACAGAAGAAAUGAAGCUGAUACUCGCUUGAACUUGACCAAGGGCACUGUCAUGAAUGUUCAAAUGGUUGGAAUGGGUGACCGUGUUUGUGUGGAUCUGUGUAGCCUCAUGAGACCUGGUGAAGGUCUUCUGGUUGGCUCAUUUGCGAGAGGGCUCUUCCUUGUCCACUCAGAAUGCUUAGAGUCAAAUUACAUUUCUAGCAGGCCAUUCCGGGUUAAUGCAGGUCCAGUGCAUGCAUAUGUUGCCAUUCCUGGAAGCAAGACUAGCUACCUCUCAGAAUUAAAAACAGGAAAAGAGGUCAUUGUGGUCGAUCAAUCGGGAGUGCAACGAACUGCUAUUGUUGGUCGUGUAAAGAUAGAGAGUAGGCCAUUAGUUCUUGUGGAGGCAAAGGGAGAUUCAGAGAAUAAAACUUGCAGCAUUCUUUUACAGAAUGCUGAAACAGUUGCAUUAGUCUCCCCGGUUGGAGGAGAAGGAUGUGGAGAAACAGCAAUUCCUGUGACCUCAUUAAAAGUUGGAGAUGAAAUUUUGCUGAGCGUGCAGGGAGAUGCUCGGCAUACUGGAAUAGAAAUAGAAGAAUUCGUUGUGGAAAAAUAAAUAUCUUGAUGAAUAUUGAAUUUAUCGAAAAGUUGGGUAGAUGCUUGAACUUUGUUUUUUGGAUCAGAAUUGUACUAUAAUCCAUCCGCAUCUAAUGGCUCAUCGAUGUUCUUUC